AUGUUUGACAAAGGCCUGCUGAACUUUUAUAUCACAAUUAACCCCACAGAUGUGUACAAUCCUAUUGUUAAAUUUUUGGCAGGAUCUGAGAUAGAUAUUGAUGAUAUGCUCCUGAACAAAUCAUUUCUUAGCACCAUUUUAAGAUUUGAUAAGUCAAAAGGCACAGCUGUUGAGGGUAUCCUUGGUCAUGUGAAGGUGUAUUAUGGGUGUGUCGAGUCUCAAGGUCAAGGCACGUUGCAUUGUCACAUGAUGGUGUGGCUGGAAGGUGGUCAUGAUCCUAAUGAAAUUAAACAACAUAUCAUGGAAGCAAAAGAUACAAAUUUUUGUGACCAGUUGUUGGCAUUUUUAGAUGACACUAUAUCAAAUGACAUCCCUUCUGAACCAGAUCCUGAUAUCUUAGUCCCAUUGAUGGUGCAUCAUCUGUGUUCAGUGCAUGGCGUCUUUCCAAUCUCAAAUGAGGAAGAUCCAUGGGCUACAACAGUGCAUCAAAAUGACUUGCAUCACUUGGUGAAAGCUUGCCAGACUCACAAACACAACCUCUUGUGCUUCAAAUUUGACCUUGAUGAAAGCCACUAUUGUGGAAGCAGCUACAUUGAUGAUGAAACAGGGGAGAUUUGCUUACAUUGUUUAAAUGGCAUGGUAAAUAAUUUCAACUCAUCAAUGUGGGAAGCUGUACAUUGCAACAUGGACAUUAAGUUCAUUGGUUUGGGUGCACCAGCAAAAACAAUAUUGUAUUAUAUCAUGGAUUACAUCACCAAAUCUCAAUUGCAAGCUCAUCUAUCCAAGUUUGAUCCUGCAGAUGAUGAGAUAGCAAUUAGGGCAAAGGAGCUGAUUAGGAAGAGCGCUCAUGCUAUGAUUUCACACCAAGAGUUGUCAGUAUAG